CGUUGUCUUAUCAGUCAGGAUUAUCAUGAAUUUUUUGGAAAACUAAAAUAAUGACAGACAGCAGAUGCAGAAUAAAGCAAAGCAACACAAUAAUGUAGUACUUAUUCAGGAUGAUAAAAGCAACUAAUAUUAUUUCUUUGUAGUCGACUUAAGAGUCAUCAUUUGAGUUUUCUAACUGCUUGCCUUUUCUGCUCCAUGGAUGACAGCCACAAAGUCUAUAAAUGUUCAUACUUCUCAAAUGGACGGUGACUUCAUGAGCUUAGCGCGUUCGGUCACGGGCGAUUUACUUUCAAACCAAAAAACAUCACUCUAUGAAGUAGGUAAAGACCAAUUGUACUUAUCACUAGUUUAGCCACUCUAGCUUGUGCAGUGUAGGAAUGGAGGUAAAACUCUCGUAUUCAAUGUGGCUGAACAUUGAACACACUCCUAAAUUUGUCGAUUACUUUUGGGCUUAAAUAAAUCCUCACCUAGAGCAGUUUGGUUGGGGGAAUCAAGUGACAUGGCGGAAAAUCAUUCUGAGCAGCUCAGUUGUAUUCAGUUUCCUGUUCUUUACAUCUGUCUGAUUUUCAAAGACCAUUGAAUUAAUAUGACAUCGCUAAUAAGUUAAUCACUCAUAAUCAAUGCAAAGCCUCACCAAAAUCUAUUGAUUGAGUGAAGUUAUUUUCUUACCAUUUUGUGCCAGAUUUUGUGCUCAAGUAAAAAAGGAAACACCUAACAAGGAUUACGUGACCUUAAAGUUUAUUGUACUGUCAUAUAAUUAAAAUGAACUGUAUUUGUGGUCAAAUUUGAAAAACCACUAGAUAUCAGCUUAGAAACGUCAAACGGUACAAACACAAAGUGACACUGCAGUAUUAAAUCUAUGAAAAAAUAACUACAUAUCAUUGCGUGUUCUUUCCUUUACGUUAAUUGGCUCAGAUAAUCUAUUGGUUAUUGAAAUUACUGCGAUGUUGAGAUUUUGUUUUAUUUCUGAAAUUAAUUUUUCUAGAAAGGCAAGAGUACUUUGUCGUAUUCCGUUUGAGGCUUGGUUAGUGCACUUCAUAAGUAAUACCUUCAACAUAGUAACCACAUAAAGAAUUUACUGAACCAGAAGCUCUACAUGAUCGAAAUUCUCAGUAACUUCCAAUAUAAUUUCACUGUGCUUCCAACCAGUAGGUCGCAAUUUCGAAUUCUGGAUUACCUACCGUAGUAUUAGAGAUCAGAAUCGAUCACAAUGGUGGUGUGUACAUUCUUUGUCUUCCUUUAAACUGAGGUUAAAAUGACUUUAUACCUUUCUUUCUACGAAGUAAUUCUUUCUUCCUGUAUCAUAUCUUUAUAUGGAAUCUUUUUUACUACCAUCGAACUAAAUGGUUCCAUGAAUUUGAUGUUCAUCUUGUUGUACUAAUGUGUAACAACUUGGACCGAUACAUGUGUGCGCCUGAUCCUACGUUGCAGCUGACUGACUGAGAGAUCAGUUAGUAUCACUAACCCUUACUCAUUGUAGCUCCAAACAGGGUACGUAAUCAUGUACUUCGUAAUUCAGUGACAUUUAUGUAUUUCUAUUUUCAGUAAAGUUGUAGUAAGAUAAAAGUGGUUCGCUUUGUUUCAUGAUUACUAAUCAUCAAUUUUUAUUUCUUCAUGGAUCCUACUUCAGUUCACAAUCGGACAGUCCCCACAUGGAUCAUAAAAUCAAUGAAAUAGCUGAAAAUAUUAAGCAACGUGGUCGUGAGGGUGCGUAUCCUCUCUUCAAGGAAACGGGUCCGGAAUAUGUGAUGCCGAAAUUUCCGAUUGAGAGGAAAGAGAUGGAAGACCAUAUCUUGGAAUUAAAACUGGCCCGAGCAUUAAGUGUGGCAGACAAUGAUUCUAAACUUCUCGUUAAUGAAGAAAACCAUGAUCUUACCAUUUCGAAUCCUUCAGCUACCUGUAAAGCUAUUAGUUUAGAUGACUGCAAUUCUGUUGAAAGCAUAACAAACGAUCAUGGAUCUGUGUUAUUUAGCAAAAAGAAUAUAUUUAACAAAGAUUCUUCCAACUCUUUAUCCGUACUCCCUGAAACAUCAUCUGAUGAACCAAAUCUUCACUCUAGCCAAUCUGCUACUUCAGACGUGAAUACGUCUUUGGAAUCUGGUAACCGGAUGCAACCUAGGCUUACUCAAAACAGUAUUCAGUUUCAAAAUGAGCAGAACUGUGGAGGUUCUUUAUUCCGAAGAUUAUACAGCAUCCCUAGUACAAAUAACGAUGGAUUCCCAAUAUAUUUAGCACCUGCGCCAAAUCCAGGCGUAUUCACAGAUGUAGUUCCUGUUCUCCAAGAAGUAGAAGAAGCGGCUGAAGCACACAUAGAGUCAGCAGCUGUGGAAUUUCAACGUGUUCAAAUCUGCGGGGAUGAUACUCUUGGUGUUCCUGUAGAUGAUUUACAUUUAGCUUCAGAAGCAUUGAUUAAAGCCUUAUUAUUACGUCAAAAAUACAUUACUUCAUCACAACAAUCAUUUCAUUGUACAACUAAACGGUAUUUAAGUGUACUGGAUUCAGGUUCAGUAAAGUUAUUGGAUUCAGAGGAGAAGCAAUAUAAAUCUAUACACACCCCUGUAUUUGGCUCAAACACAGUCGACAAUAUCACCAACACAACUAUCAUCCCCAUCAAUUACAGCUACAAUAAUAUUAAUAGUACCGUACACUACAUACGAACAUGUAGAAGAAUCUCAUCUCUCGAAGAUCAUCCAAUUCAUCCUCCUGGGAAAACUGGUGAUCCUUUCGAGAUAGACUAUUGGCCUGAACCAUUAGAUGUUAAAAUGGAAUUUCGCAAGGGUAUAAUGCACAUCGAAACAUUGUCUGAUUCACCAGAUAGAAACCAGGUGAAUUUAAUAAAUGGGACAUCAGAACAUAAUCAUAAUAAUGAAACUGUUGAUGUUGAUCAACCUAUGAAAAAAGAUCUGCCAGAAUUUACUAUACCAUCUCUACAGACAUUCUUCUCAGAUUUUGAUACAAUACGUACAUUUGUAGGAGAUGGUCCAUUGAAGUCAUUCUGUUAUCGUCGACUGACUUACUUGGCUUCAAAAUUCCAAUUGCAUUCAUUGCUGAAUGAAGCUCGGGAAUCAAUUGAGCAAAAACGUGUAUCACAUCGUGAUUUCUAUAAUAUUCGAAAGGUUGAUACUCAUAUACAUGCAUCAUCAUGUAUGAAUCAAAAACAUUUACUACGUUUUAUCAAGAAAACAAUUCGUACUAAAUCAGAUGUUUAUGUAUGUGAAGAUCCAAAAACUAAAAAGCCUAUGACAUUAAGUGAAUUGGUUGAUAAAAUUGGAAUUACACUUUAUGAUUUAAAUAUUGACAAUCUGGAUGUUCACGCUGAUCGUAACACUUUUCACCGAUUCGAUAAAUUCAACGCUAAAUACAAUCCCAUUGGUCAAAGUCAACUACGUGAAGUGUUUUUGAAGACGGACAACUACAUUAAAGGCGUUUUCUUUGCACAUGUUCUGAAGGAAGUGUUCUAUGACUUUUCUGAAUCGAAAUAUCAAAAUGCUGAACCACGUCUUUCAAUUUAUGGUAGAUCUAUCAAUGAAUGGGAUAAUUUGGCUAAAUGGGCUAUCGAUUGUAAAGUUUAUUCUGAUAAUAUACGUUGGUUGAUUCAAGUGCCUCGUCUUUUCGAUGUUUAUCACGCCAAAGGAUCAAUGAAAUACUUCCAAGAUAUUAUCACAAACGUCUUUCAACCAUUGUUCGAGGUAACUGUCAAUCCUAAAUCCCAUCCUGAACUACAUGCAUUUCUACAAUAUGUAACUGGUUUUGAUUCAGUGGAUGAUGAAUCGAAAUCUGAUAAAGUUGUAUUCAAUGCGUCAACUCCUACACCGGAUGUAUAUGAUUUAAAUGAGAAUCCUCCAUACUCUUAUUAUAUAUUCUAUAUGUUUGCUAAUAUAUCUCAAUUAAAUCAACUUAGAAGUCAUCGUGGCUUAAAUACAUUCUCAUUUAGACCUCAUUGUGGUGAAGCAGGUAAUAUUAAUCAUUUGGUUACUUGUUUCCUGUUGGCUGAAAGUAUCAAUCAUGGUUUGUUGUUACGUAAAGCUCCUGUUCUACAAUAUCUUUACUUUAUUGCUCAGAUCGGAAUAGCUAUGUCACCUUUGAGUAAUAAUUCUUUGUUUUUGGAUUAUCAUCGUAAUCCAUUGAAUGACUUUUUAGCACGGGGUCUGUUUGUCAGUCUUAGCACUGAUGACCCUUUACAAUUUCAUUUUACUAAAGAACCAUUGAUUGAAGAAUAUAGUAUAGCUGCUCAAGUAUGGAAAUUCACAUCUACUGAUAUGUGUGAAUUAGCACGUAAUAGUGUUUUGAUGAGUGGUUUUUCUCCUCUGAUUAAAUCUCAUUGGCUUGGACCUAAUUAUACACAAGAAGGUGUUAUGGGUAAUGAUAUAACUCGAAGUAAUCUACCCAACAUUCGCGUUGCUUAUCGUUUUGAAACUUUAACACAAGAAUUACGUUUGUUGUUAAAUUCUGUGUUAGCGAGUCGAACUAGUGGAUCUGUUUCACCUGGUAGUAAUACAAUAAUGCAUUCUCCAAAAAAGAAUCAUAUUUCAACAGAUUCUAGUCGAAUCGAUCAUUUAAAGAAAUGAUUAUUCUUGCUACAAUAUAUAUACAAUGAUUAUCGAUACUAAUUAGCUGCUAGUAACACUUUUGUCUUGUCUUUUAAAUGUGAAUUCACUUAUCUUAAUUUGAAUUCUUCUUUCUGAAUAUGUUUGUUCAUGGUUUGUUAUGAAUUAAACAGUUGUAACACAUUCUAACAUUCAUAUAAAUAUCUACACUCCUUACAGAUAAAUAUCAUAACGUGAAAAGUAAUUUUUCAUCCACAUAUUCACAUGAUCUACAUUUUUCUUUCUUUCUGAUGUGCUUAUUUUGAUUUAUUAUUAAUUAAUUAAGAGUCUUAAUAUAAGUACCAUUUCAUGCAAAAUAUUUUAUUACUAUUAUUUCCGGGAAUAAUUGUAUCUCACUUACACCAUUCAUCAUUUAAUGAUGAUAAUCCACUGUUUAAACUUUCUCUGCGUUCAUCAAUUCUGAUGAAAUGCUGUUAACACCACAUCUACAAGGAGAAAUUCACUACAUUGAUGGUUAUUUUAAUUGUAUCAUUAAAGAUAAUAAUUUGUGCGCGAAUAUAUACACAAACAAACGCACAAGUUGAAUGCAUUUACGGUAAAAGUGCAAAUGUUUUAAUACAGUGUUGAUUAAUCUGGUUAAAGAUGUUUAUGUUACUUUUUAAUUGUGUACGGUAACAAACCUUUAUGUUAUUAUGUAAUAAGAAUGAACUUUGUAAUAUCAUUAAUGUCUAUCAUGUGUUUUUUGUUUGAAAUACACAAUUAUUUGUUCAAUCAAUGUUUAUAUUUAAAAUAAUCAUUUU